AUGUCCACGGAAUUGUUAAAGUUACUUUCGCAAGAUUACAGCACUCUCCUUAGUAACGGCAGCGAACUUGCCGACGUAGAGGUUCAUGUCGGCCAAGAACUAAAAGUUUACAAUGUGCACUCGUUAGUCUUGUGGACUCGGUCACCAUAUUUUCGUUCGGAAAUAUGGUCCAAUAAAGAAGAACAUUCUGUUGACCGUAAAAUAAUAUUUUCUCUACCAAACAUCAAUACUAAAACAUUUAACAUGCUUCUCAAAUAUAUAUAUGUUGGAGAAUUGGAUAUUGCAUCACACGGUCCAAAAGUCCUUGUCCAAUUAAUGCUAGCUGCAAAUGACCUUGGCAUCACCAAUCUCAUAGACUGCAUUACUAAACAUUUAGCCGUUCAGAAGCAUCGAUUAAGUGGAUUGUACUUUUUCAUAAACAGGGAAUGCCAAGGCAAGCUACCCGAGCUACGAGAACUAUGCGAUGACAUAAUACUUAAUAAUCCACUGUCGAUAAUCAAAUCUCCGGAGUUCAUUAAAGUCGAAAGCAAAGAUGAACUUUUAUUCUUUUACGAAAAUCUUCCUGAAAAAUUACCCGCGUCAUUACCUGAAGUUUUGUUAUGGGAAAAAUCGAUCGAAUGGGGUAUAAACCAUUUGAAAUUACCAAAGGACAAUAAUAACUAUGAUAAUGAUCAGUGGGAAAAAUUGAAACAGUUGUUAGAACCUUUUAUCGAACAUAUUAACUUUGAGAACAUCAAUCGCAACGAUUUUUUAGCAAAGGUCAAGCCCUACAAGUUGGUUCUGAACCAAGAUAAGUACAUAGAACUCAUGGAAAAACAUAUGGACAUUCAGAACCAACAACCUCUUGAACCUCCCAAGCCACAGCCUCAUGAACCUUAUAAGCAACAACCUCAACAAUUACCUGAUCAACAGUCCCGUCCACGAACUAGUCGUCUGCGAUCCAAACAGCAACACUAUUCUCCCUCGACAAAGAAAAAUAAGCCUGGACCAAAGAAACAACAUAACUAUCCAAGACCGACUGAAUCGCAAAAAACUAUACCAACUUUUCCUGCCUCUCAACAGAGGAUCUUAUCUGCAUUAGAAUCUCGUCCGAAUCAAGAUGAUGACAUUUUCUGUGAAUAUGCCACAUCUCAACAUCAGGAGAUCACUCAUCCUACAAUCGCACGAACGCCUUCGUCAAUCCUCUCAAUAUUUAAUGUGCCAACUCUGGAGGGAGGACCUUCGGUAAUAGCUAAACCAAUACAUUUUCGAUUAAUAAAGGCUUGGAUCAAUAAGAUGCAUAAAAGACCUUAUGAAACCCAAUAUGAUUUCAACAUAUUAGUGCGUGGAUCUGCUUGUGGCUUUUCUGCUAAUGAUUUUCAUCGACGUUGUGACAACAAAGGUGCAACAGUCACACUUCUAAAAACUCAUGAAACCAACGAAAUCCUUGGCGGUUACAAUCCAUUAUACUGGGACACACCAUCAAAUAAGGAUAUGUUCCUGGAAACAAAUGAAAGUUUUAUAUUUUCAUUGGAUUUUGAAAAAAUAAAUGAUUCGGUAUUCACUAAGGUGAAAGAGAUUCACAAGGGCAAGGCAAUAUGCCUAUCACGAGAUUUGGGCCCCUCGUUUGGAUCGUCUGUGCACAUUAUUGGUGACUUGUGGGUUGGAGGAAAUAACUUCUCGAAUUGCAAUAGCAGACUAUUGAUGUACGAGAAAAGUAUUAGGAGUGCCAAGUCGAAAUUUAGAGUGGCUGAAUAUGAGGUGUUUCAAGUUGUCGAAGUAUUUGAAUAG